AACUCUUCAGAAAAUGCUCGAGGUAUCCACCGUUUGAAGAAUAACAUAGGGUAUGAUUGGUAACGUGGACAGCGGCAACUGGAGUAAAUUAAAGUAAAAAUUAAGUGGAAAGAUAUAUAUUGUUAUUUGUUUCAGCCGGUUUACUCUUGCUUUUGUAGGGUAGAAAAAAAAUGGAAACAGCAAAUAAAAGAUUCAUUUUCUACCGUAAAGGAGUGAAAAAGUAUUUUCACCUAUUUUAUCACGAUGGAUGAUUGGAUGUAAUUGAAUGAAACUGAGAGUAAAAUAUUUUACUCUUAAUUUUUUUAACGCUAAUGAUGUCAUCCAGUUACACUCAUAGUAAAAUAAUCCAAAACUAUCAUAUUUUCAUACUAUUUUUAGAUUUUAACUAAAAAAAAUUAAGAGAUGUCUCUUAAAUAAUAGAUAUAAAAGAAAUUUCUUAACGAUGAACUGUUGGUGAAUAGAGGUCAGAGCACUCAUAACAAAAAAAAACGCUCUCUAGGAAAGGACGAUAGCAAAGGUGAUUAGGGUUUCACCACCCUUUCGCCGCCUUGGUUUCGCCUCACGCGUAUCAACGAGAAACUUCUUCGUCUUCACUCUCCUCCUCUCCGUCCAUGGCGUCGCUGGUAGCAGGUCUAGCUUCCUUUCCACGCCCUCCCUCAGAUCCGCCAGAUUUGUGUUUUAAGUUUGCUCUCCGGUCAAAUCCUCCAGAUCCUCCGGUUCCUCCUGACCCUCCGCCUGAUAUUCUAUCAGUCAUGGGGUUUCUUCAGUUGUACAAUCUCUGGGCCACCGUUGGCUUUCCCCAUAAGUUCUCAGAUCCAAAGUUAUGCUUGACGAUUUCAGAUGGUGGGCUUACUCCCCUAUACCAAGUAAGCUCAGACUCUUUACCCUACGCUUCCGAGUGUGGUUGGAUUAUCAGUGUGUGGGUAGAGCUGGUCUUAUUGGAUCUGAGAUUUUCCGUUCUAGUUCCGACUGUUUCGGUUGCAUUUGGUUAUGCUAUUGUGGCCUUUGUUGGUACCUUUGUGGUCUGUGUAUGGUCCAUUACUGCAGUAUGCAGAUGUUGUCCCUUUACUGCAGUAUGCAGGUUUACUUCCACCUUUGCUCUAAUGGCUUUUGAAAUGACAUGGCAUUCUCUCCUCAUGUGGCAAUUUGGAGUGAAAGUUCUGAAGUUGUGUAUCCUUUCAGCAAAUCUGGUUUGUUUAGGCUCUCUUUGUCCUCCCUAUUCCUUUAAGGAGUGUUUCAUCCUCCCACAUCGAUCACUUGUUAUAAGUGAAAUUGUUAUAGGGAGCAUUGUGUUGAAGAUGGUUCUGUUUGUAGCAGAAGCGAAGAUGUCUAUCGUCUCUCGUUUUGAUGGUGUUAACUGUCUGACCUCAUUGACCAUGGAGGCUUUUAUCCCUCCCCUUUAUUGUUUCGAUCAGGAAUGUCAAUUUGAAGAAGUCUUCUGGUCUGACUUGCCUUUCUCGGAGAAAACGGUGGUUGAACGUGUGAUAUCACCUUUAUCAAGUCUUUGCUUGAGUACUUGUUGUUUAAGCUUUACCAUUUGCCUGUCCAGUAUAUUGGUCUGUGCUUUAGUUUCUUUGGCUCUUUGUAGCCUUGUUGUAUCCUCCACUAGUGGAGUUAAACUCUUUUAAGUUUUAAUG